CACCUCCACGCAAUACCCGUACUGCUCAUUGCAAUAUAAUUACUCAUUUACCGGGAGUGAAACCUCAUGCGCGAAAUGCAAAAACAAUUAUAGAAUCUUGGUCACUUUUCUUUCCUGACAACGUUAUUCAAGAAAUUGUUACAUGUACUAAUAUCUAUUUGACCAAAAUUAGAAUAAAUUAUGGUAGGGAACGAGAUGUCUUGGAUACGAGUGUAGUAGAAAUACGAGCGUUGUUCGGUCUUUUGUACAUAGCUGGUAUGAUGAAAAGUAAUCAUCUAAAUUUGUCGGAUCUUUGGUCAAAUGAUGGGUUAUCGCCGGAGUAUUUUAGAGCUGUUAUGUCAAAAACGCGUUUUUAUUUAUUAUUACGAGCACUAAGGUUUGAUAAUAUAAAUACUCGCAGUGAAAGAAAAAAAUUUGAUAAAUUAGCACCUAUUCGAACUAUUUUUGAUGAAUUUGUUGAUCGCUGUAAAUUAAAUAAUACUGUCGGGGAAUAUUGUACCAUUUACGAGAUGCUUGAAGGUUUCAGAGGGAAAUGUAGUUUUCGGCAAUAUAUCCCUAACAAGCCCAACAAGUAUGGUAUAAAAAUAUUUUCACUCGUAGAUGCUCGUUUAUUUUACACAACAAAUAUGGAGGUUUACGUAGGGAAACAACCUAAUGGUCCUUAUAAUCAAGAUAAUAGUGCAUCAAGUAUUGUCAAGAGGAUGAUUUCUCCAAUUUCCAAAACGGGUAGGAACUUGACCAUUGAUAAUUGGUUUACAUUUGUUCCAUUGGCCGUUGACCUGUUACAAAAUCAUAGAAUAACUAUGGUUGGGACAAUUAGAAAAAAUAAAAGAGAAAUACCUCCUCUUUUUUUGGACACAAAAAAACGAGAAGUGAAUAGUAGUAAAUUUGGAUAUAGUAAAGAAUGUUUAUUAGUAUCAUACGUACAAAAAAAAAAUAAAAAUGUACUGAUGUUGUCAACAAUGCACAAGCAAGGAGAUAUUGAUGUAGAAAGCGGAGAACAACGUAACCUGAAGUAA